AUGAUUUUUUGCAUAAAAAUAAUUUUCUGUUCACUAAAUUCAGAUAAUUUAUCUAUGAACUCAAAUUCUUUACAGUCUUGUGAAAGCAAUGUAGAUACUACUAAGAACAAUGUAAGCAAAGCGUUUAAUGCUGCGGAAAAUAUUUUUUCAAAUAAUGAACAUCAUUUGAAAACAUUUACAACAAUACCAAAAGCUGAAAAUAAUGAGAAUUUUUUAUCAGAUAACGUUCUAAGUGAGAUUAUAGAUUCAUUAAUGUUAGAUCUUGAUGCAUCUAGAUUUGUCUUCGUAAAUGAGAACAAGUUAGAUGUUGAACCUCUUGAGAAUAACGAUAAUGAAAGUGACGGGUUAGUAUCAGAUUUGGAUGAACAAAUCAUUCAUCAAGUUAAAAAUAAUACCACCUUUAAAGAUGUACAAUCAAUCUCUGAUUAUGACGUAAAGCAAACAUUCAAAUAUUAUAAGAAUUUAAGAAGUAAUGAUAAUAUUUACGAUACAAUUAACAAUAUUGAUAGCAGUAAGCUAUUACAAAAUGUAUCUGCGGAUAAUUGUGCUAAAAUUUUGUCUUUUAUAGCUUUUGAUUUAUUUGCUGUAGAACAGACAGAUAAUCAGCAAGAAAAAAUACUUCUUAAACAACUUAGAAAAAUGGAAAAAGCAAAAUUCUUUGGCGAUCCUGAGCAUAAAGCUUUUCAAAAUUUUCGAAAAUUUAAAUAUUAUUCUAGAAAAAGUUAUAAAAGCUUUGUUGAGAAUGAAAUUCCUAAUUUUAAAAAUUUAGUAGAAAAGACAAAUAUUUUACAAGAAAAAAAAGAUUUAAUUAUUUCUUCUCUGAAUCAUCUAAGAGAUUUUUUAGUAGAUGUUUGUUCCGUGAAAAUUAGUGUAAAAUUAAAUAAAUUGGAUUUUUUGAAGCAGUUAAUUAAUGUCUGUAAUACAUUAAAGAAAUAUACUAAAGGGAAUGAGUUAUUUAAACACACUAAGAUUAUUUACUUGGUUAUAACAGAAAAUCAAGAUUCAUUACAUUACCUCAAAAUAUUUGACAAAAUUAAUAAUUCAAUUGUGAAAGCAGUAAGUAGAUGUAAAAAUGUUUAUCCGAGUCUUAAAGAUCUAAAGAAUUAUAUUUCUGAAAAAAUAACAGAAGAUGAAUAA